AAGCAUUCUCACAUGCUUUGCACCUCUCAGCUGCCCAGAAGCGUCUUCCAGGAUCAAAGACGUGCUAUGUUCCAGUAGCUUGGGUGCCGUGUGACUCCUGGAUACAGACUGUAGACUCACGCUGCUUUGACAGUAAUUUUAGGUUUGGGUGAUGUCUACCAAAUUGGCAUCGGACGAUGUCUACAGUGAAACAUCGUGAUGUACGAUGACUUCGCCCCGGCAUUAUAAAGUGAGGCGCGUGUAGGCACAAGCUGCGCAGAGACACGACUUUAUUCAGUGCCAGCUGGGCAUUUAUAAAGUCAGACUUGUGUCAUCUGUACAGCGCGAGCUUCGCAGGUAUAUAAAGUCAGGAGGAGAAUGAAGAGCAGAGCCCCCCCUCCACCUCGACCCCCUCAGCCUGCCCCCCGCAGGAUCUUCCGUAAUGCUGUGCCUGAUGGAGGAGGAUCUUCUGGUGGAGAAAGCAAAGAAAACAUACUUCAAUCCAGUGUAGAUCUCCACAUCACUAUGCCUACAGGGUACCAGACCACCAUCAAUGUGGACGGCAGAAAAGCUCUGAUGGAUCUGUUGGUGGAUCUGUGCAGUCAGUACCAUCUCAAUCCAACAUAUCACACCCUGGAGCUGCUGUCACCUGAUGCUCAGCCCGUCGCCUUCAAGCCCAACGCCCUGCUGGGCGCUCUGGACAUCUCCUGCGCCCUGAUCAAAGAACGAGUCUUUGAGGACAAAGUGGUACGGAAACCUCCACCCAAAGUGCCAGAGAAAAGCGUGCGUUUGGUGGUGAACUAUCACCGCAAUCAGAAGGCGGUGUUGCGAGUAAAUCCACUGGUCCCCCUGCAUACCCUGGUGCCUGUUAUCUGUCAGAAGUGCGAGUUUGAUCCAGCCCGUGUUCUCCUGCUCACAGACAACAUCAGCAACCACAAGCUGGACUUGGACAAAUCCUUGAGUGAUCUGGAAAUCAAGGAACUGUAUGUCCUGGACCAGACCCUAGUUCUCCAGCCUAAAAUGACUUUGACACCUGCCCUGAGCUACUCAGCAGAAUCUCUUCACUCCACUCAGAGUCUGAGUGGCUCAGAGAAGAAGGGGCUGCUGGGAUUCCUGAAGUUUAAUCGCAGGAAAUCAAAGAUGUCUGAGGACAUGGACAGUCUUGAUGGUGAUAGUGUUGUUGACAAUGCUGAUACUAACAAGAAUGGUGUGACCGUGGUGCCAAGUGGCCUGUGUGUAGAGACCCGUCCUAGCACUUUGGGUCAGUCUCAGUCUGUGAUGAACAUCUCCAGGAUGUCCCCGAAAGUGGAAUUAAAGAAACGCAGGGCUCCUGCACCCCCUCCAGCACCUACUCAGACGAUGACAUCACAGAACGAGUUAAAGAAGCGCAAGGCUCCAGUCCCUCCGCCAACCCCGACCCCCAGUACACCUGAGCCCUUUAUCCCAACUGUUUUACCUACUUCACCCUUGCGGGUCCCCAGCAUCCCAGUGCCAAUGGAAAGGACCCCGGUGACAGUUGCCAGCACCACAGAUCCAGCCGAUGACUCUGAUCUGAGUCACAGUAUUGAGGAUUCAGAGCCGGUCGGGUCCAUCUGCAGUAGCUCCAGCGGUGAUGAUGCUGUCGCAUGUUCCAGCAGCAGCAGUCUGGCUGAGGAACCCGUGGCUCAUCGGGCUCAGGUGAUAGCUGAGUACACCAUAUCUAAACCACAGGCUGAACCUGUGCUUGAAUACAAGGAAGUCCCUGUACCUGAAUACAAGAAACGACAUAUACCUGAAUACAAGAAGGAACCUGUACCUGAACACACGAAUGAACGGGUACCUGAACACAAGGCAGAACCAGCCCCCCAGAUCACGACAGAGGAGGAACCAAGUCCCAGUCCCACACUGGAAGAGACGGAUUCAGUGAUGGAGCUAAAAAUGGACGAGACGGAAAAUAACCGCAAUAGUGGAAUAGCAUGGCUACGUUCAGCUCAUGAGUCUGUCGAAACGGUGUCUGUGGGCAGCAGUGAGAGCUUUGUAGACCAGGGCUAUGCAGCGUCAGAGGGCAUGGCAGAGGAGCCAAGUCCGGUUUCUCCCUCUGAAAUGAUCCAAUCCGCAUCAUCGGUGAACAUCAUGUCUCUGAAUGGUGGCCCAGCUGUGGCUGUAAAGCAGUCCAAAGACUCUUCCAGUGACAGCGAUGAGGGCUGUGCUACCUGGGGCUCCAGACACAGUAGUGGGAAUAUUCAGCGAGAACAUCAGCCAAUCCAGCGACAGAAUAGUUAUGAAGAGGACCCAGAGAUCACAGUUCAGAUACAUCUGACCCUGGCCGAUUUAGAUGCAAAUCUAGCAGACAUGAAUCAUUCAGAUAGAGCAUCUGUGUUUGUGGAUGAUGAAAUCCCUGUGUCUAUUGUUGACGUGGACAUUCCAGUUACAACUAUCGAUGAAGUUCCUGUUGACGACAGAUCUAACAUCAAGGAGCAUGAGGUGCCAACAUUGUGCAGCUUUCCGAACAUCACCAAACAAUCCCGUACACUAUAUGAGGCUAUCCAAAACAAAAACAACAAUGCCUGCCUGAUGGUGAAGAAUGUGAGACCGUCUUCAGGCAUUCAGAAGCAGUCGCUUCCAGACAUGAAGAAAAACGUGAGUCCAUCUACAGAUGAACAGAAGCAGUUGAAAGAGCGUAAACUUAUAGACAUUAAGAAAAACACAAGUCUACCUUUAGUCGACCAGAAGCAGUCACAAAAGAAUAAGCUCAGAGAUAAUAAAGAACACAAAUUUGACACGAAGGGUAAAGCUGAGACUGAAAGACCAAAUGGACAGAAUAACAUUGUAUCACUGAAGUCUCAAAGUCAGGUGGUGCGUCCUGCUGUUCAAAGCGCUCCAAAGGUUCCUGACGACAGGCUGAACUCUGAACCUGCCGUCCAGAGGCUUAACACAGAGACUGUUAAAGAAGAAAGGACGCCUGCUACCAAAGCCCCAGCAAUUCAAGGUAAGAUCACCCAGAGUUCAGUCUCCAGAUUUGGAAUGAAAACCUUCGUAGUCAUCCCUCCCAAACCAGCUGUGUCCCAGACACAAAAGCCUGCGGGCUCUCUAGUCGUGGGUGCCAUUAAGAUCGACGAACAGGGAAACAUGGUUACAAGGAGACAGAUAAACACUGUCACAGAGAAAUAUGCCACAAAUGAAGGGGUCACGAGUGCAGGAGAAUCCUCACUAGGACAUGCGAAAGCCUUCUGGAGCUCAGCAGAGAAGCAAGACCAAUCAACGAUGGCCAACCAAGGCAGCACGGUGAAGAAUGGAGAUGAAUCUGGAGUCUUUAAAAUUGCAGAGAAAUCAAUUUCAGAAGAAACACACAAAGAGGUGAUUAUUUUGGAAAGGAACCCCAUUUCUGUAGUAGUAAGCAAUCCUUCUCCUGCGGAGAAAUCUUCUUUCACCGGUGAAGGACGAGAUCUCUCCUUUCUGAAACCCUCCAAAAGAACAUCAAGCCAAUAUGUAGCUUCUGCCAUUGCUAAAAACAACAGCAUUUACACUACUAAAAUAACCACCCUUCAGGAGCCAACCGAGUCUGUUGUCAGAGUUCAAAAACCUUUCAGUCAGCAGUUCAAUAAUGAGAAUAAACCUACAAAUGCACCUUCAUUGGCUUCGUACAAACCUGCCACCACUUUAAAACCCACAGAAGGUUCAGCGCCUUCUUUUGCAGGACCCAAACGCUCACAGUCAUACCCCAGAAAUGUGGAAAAGGUGUCUAAUUCUGAAAAUUUCAGAAGUGUUGAAGAAACUCUAAUUGGGGCCGGCAAACCCAAAUAUUUGGAUUCCGUAAAUAAAGUCCAGGUCAUCACACAAACAUCUUCUCACAUUAAACCCAUUGAAUCCUUCUCUAAAGAAGCCACAUCAAUCCCAGACACCACCUCUCCCCGACAGAUGCCAACAGACUUCACACGUCCACCUCUUAGAAAGAAGCCAGAACUGCAAAAAACUGAGCUUCAGUCAGCACCCAACCAAACUAACAUGUUCGGACCCUUGAAGAAGAUCAAGCCUGUUGUUUUUAAGCCUGCCCAGAAGGAAGCUUCUCUCCAUAGCUCACUAAUGGAGGCCAUUCAGUCUGGAGAGGGGAUUGAACGCCUUAAAAAGGUAUCUGAUUCUUCUAGUAAGAGCACUGUUAAGAAGCCGCCAUACGUUGAUGCAGAGAAUGAGCGUUCAGCACUUCUGUCUGCAAUCAGAGCUCCAACCAACUCUUCCAGACUGAAGAAGACCAAAUCAGGAGCAACUAAAGAGCUGGAGCAGCUCAGGAAGACUGAGGAGAACAGAAAUAUCCAGACAGAUAGUAUCUCACCUCCUCCCACCUCUCCUCCGGCUUUUGUGGCACCCCCACCUCCGGCCUUUUGUCCUCCCCCACCUCCAGCUCCAAACAAGCCACCUCUAGUGUUGCCCGCCGGGGAGAACCCAGAGGUGGCUCGAGAUGCUCUUCUGGAGGCCAUCCGCUCCGGCUCUGCAGCCCAACGUCUGAGGAAGGUCCCUGUAACACAGACGAGGAUGCAAGUGAAUGGAAGGCUUGGCACUAUUCAGGCAACGUCGGCACUUUCUCAUGGACACUAGAAACUUUCACCGGAUCACCGUUUGGGUUUUCUGGAAGCCAGAGCCAAAUCUGGUGUUGUAGCAUUUAUGCUAAUGCUGUUGCAGAUUAUGCUAACAUAGCCUUCUUUAUUUAUAGUGAUAUGCUGCUUCACAUGUGUGCCAAUAAUUGUUUGCUUAGUUUCAUGCACUUUAUGUUCUGAGUAUAAUGUUGCAUUUCUAUUCUAAUGCUAAAUGGCGUUUGACUUUGCUUUUUCAUACAGGUCGGACUGCCUUCUAUAUCUUUAUCAGUAUUAUAUCUAAAUAAAUUAUGCUGGUAUUUUCUGUUGCUUCACAGUAUGAGGUGGUGAGCUGCAGUUUAUACAGUACCACCUGCCAGUCACAAUGAUCAUCGGUAAUAUGCUUGUAACAAUAGUAGGUGGUAAAUUUGUUAAACUGACAGAUUUGAUAUGUUAUUUUCAAAGAUAUUUAUAUAUUUUCAGAAUGAUCAUUAGAUCAUAAGCUAUUUGAUUAGAAAAAGUUGUCUGUAGACUACAUAUCGAUCUUGACGAUGUAAAUUGUGUUUAAGGCUUUGUAGAUGCAUAUGCCAUAUAUUUGAAUACUUUUAAAAUAAUUUUCUAUGAUGUUAUUUUGGAAACAGCGUUAAAGAUACUACGUAUAUGACACGAUUAGACAUUAAAAUGUAAUCAAUGCCUUUUGAAAGCUGCUGAACUGUGAUCUUAAGCUGUCAUGGUGCGUCAGCAUUACUUAUGCCAUUGGGAAUCAUACACUAGAGUAAAUUGUUUAAUAUAUAUUUACAUAAGUUGUAAAUCUUUUGUUGAUGUUAUGUAGUACUUUAGACAACAUGACAUACCUGUAUGGUCAUCUUGAAUCAAUGACUUGUGUGUACAAAGGCUGAAAGUUGUAUAUUUUGUAAAAAUAUACUUUAAACUAAUAUAAUGUUUCAAAUGCGACAUUAUAGCAUUAGUGUAAAGAGAUCGUUUUUUAAUAAUGCCUUUGUAAUGUUAAAAUUUAUAUUUGUUUGCUUUUUGAUUUCAGCUCUAAUUGAUUUAAAAUUGUAAAUAAAUAAACUAUUUUUAGUUUAAAAACCUUUACAGUUCUUGCAGAGUUGUUCUCAGGAAGGAGAAAUUUGUGCACUCCAAAUGAAAUGCUUUCAUGGAGGACUAUAUAUCAUUUCAUAAACAGUUUUUAUAUCGUGUCUAGAAACUAUGCCCUCUCUGUCAUUGUUUAGUCUAGACUGCAUGGCAAUCGCUUCUAUUCUAUACUGAGCUUUUAAACUUGACAAAAUGUACAUUUUCAAGAAAUGCACCAAAUGUCAGAUUGAUCUGCAACUGAAAGUUUCAGCAUAAUGUUAAGCAUGAUUUUAAUCAGUCUUCUUGUUUUAAAACGUUUAUGCUGUAAAUGCUUUGUGUAGUACCCAAGUUUGCCAAAUGAAUAAAUGUAAAUG